CACGUGACGGAGUCGUUCCUUCUGUUGUUAUCUUGGACGCGGAAGUCAGCACGAGCGCUGCGUUCUGAGCUAAACCGAGAUCAAAUUCAGGACAAAUCAACUCUCUGGAAUAUAAAAUAUAAUUCAUCUCUUUGUGGAAUCCACCAGAACCAGCGAGCCAUCAUGCCGACCAUGGAACAACAUUUGUUUAACCUGAAGUUUGCAGCCAAAGAGUUGCAGCGAAACGCAAAGAAAUGCGACAAGGAAGAGAAAGUAGAGAAGGCCAAAGUGAAAAAGGCCAUCCAAAAAGGUAACACGGAGGUAGCGCGGAUCCACGCCGAGAACGCCAUCAGACAGAAGAACCAAUCUGUGAACUUCCUGAGAAUGAGCGCUAGAGUGGACGCAGUGGCGGCAAGAGUGCAGACUGCCGUCACCAUGAACAAGGUCACUAAAUCCAUGGCAGGAGUCGUAAAGGGGAUGGACGCGACCCUGAAGAGCAUGAAUCUGGAGAAGAUUUCAGCUCUGAUGGACAAAUUUGAGCACCAGUUCGAAACUCUGGACGUUCAGACACAACACAUGGAGGACUCAAUGAGCAGCACGACAACACUUACAACUCCACAAAACCAGGUGGACAGUCUGAUGCAUGAGAUGGCAGAUGAAGCAGGGUUGGACCUCAACUUGGAACUUCCACAGGGUCAGACAGGAACACUGGCCAGCAGUGUAGCAUCUGCAGAACAGGAUGAACUCUCUCAGAGGCUGGCUAAGCUCAGAGAUCAGAUCUGAGUGGAUAGACGUGUGUGUGUGUGUGUGUGUGUGUGUGUGAGAGAGAGAGAGAGAGAGAGAU